UGCGCGGUGCGAGCAGGAGGCGGCCCAUGGCUGCCCUCGGCGAGGCGGCGGCGCGGUGGGCACCCGGACUGUGGCGGCGGGCGGCGCGCUCGGCCACGGGGUUCGGGGGCCGCCGUUUCGCGAGCGGCUCGCAGAGCCCUCCCACCUUCGGGUUCCUGUUGGACAUCGAUGGGGUGCUGGUUCGGGGCCACCAGGUCAUCCCCGCUGCGAGGGAGGCCUUCCGCAGGCUCGUGGACCCCCAGGGGCAGCUGCGGGUGCCCGUGGUCUUUGUCACGAACGCGGGGAACAUCUUACAGUGCAGCAAAGCCCAGGAGCUGUCAGCCCUGCUGGGCUUCCAGGUGGAGCCCGACCAGGUGAUACUGUCCCACAGCCCCAUGAAGCUCUUCUCGCAGCAUCACGACAAGCGGAUGCUGGUGUCUGGGCAGGGGCCCCUGGUGGAAAAUGCCCGAGCACUGGGCUUCAAGCACGUGGUCACAGUGGACGAGCUGCGGGCGGCCUUCCCUGUGCUGGACAUGGUGGAUCUGCAGCGGCGGCCCAAGACCACGCCCCUCCCAAGGAACGACUUCCCUGCGAUCGAAGGGGUGCUUCUCCUUGGGGAGCCCGUGCGCUGGGAGACGAGCCUGCAGCUGAUCAUGGACAUCCUCCUCAGCGAUGGGAACCCCGGCACCGGUCUGGCGACGGCCCCCUAUCCCCACCUCCCUGUCCUGGCCAGCAACACGGACCUCCUCUGGAUGGCCGAAGCCAAGAUGCCCAGGUUCGGCCACGGCACCUUCCUGCUGUGCCUGGAGGCCGUUUACCGGAAGGUGACGGGCAGAGAGCUCUGCUACGCGGGCCUAAUGGGCAAGCCCAGCCUCCUCACCUACCAGUACGCGGAGGGCCUGCUCGCCAGGCAGGCGGCGCGGCGGGGCUGGGCGGCCCCGAUCCGGAGUCUCUACGCCGUGGGUGACAACCCCAUGUCCGACAUCUAUGGGGCCAACCUGUUCCACCAGCACCUGCAGACAAGGCGGGAGGGGGCGGCCCGGAGCUGCGCCUCCAUCCUGGUGUGCACCGGCGUGUACAGCCCCCGGGCCUGGGGGCCCGCCGCUCCCGCCCUGGGUGGCGAGGGGCCUCCGUUCCACGGGCACCGGGACCUUGGCUUCAACCCGGGGCUCCUGCAGGCGGCCCACGUGGUGAGCGACGUGCACGAGGCCGUGCGGCUGGUCCUUGGCAAGGAGGGCUGGGCUCUGUAGCAGGGAGGGAGGUGGGCCCGCUGGCUGCCCCCUGCCCACCGCCUCCCCGCCUCCCGGCCAGCAUGGUGACACUCUCGCUCCUCCUGGGCGGGGCCGCACGAUUGUUCCCGGGGUAGCAUUUGGGUAUCAGCCUCAGAUUUUUCUAGGCUGGUUCCUGUCUGCCUGUGCUGGCAGCCUGACCCCAGGCUCGUCCUCACUCUGGGGGGUCUUCUGCAGAAGAGGAGGCGGUACCGCCUCUGCCCGCUGCCAGCACAGGCUGUAACUCACUCUUAGACACUACUUUUUAUGGUAGUUUAGCUUAUUGCCCAGAGACUUUGGACUUAUUUUUUUAAGUUAAAAUAAUUGCAAUAAAUAUUCAUUUUGCUGUCUCUUGUGAA